AUGACUGCUCCUGCACCUCUCAAUGCUUUACUUUCUGAUAUUCAAAAAGGGAAAAGGUUAAAAAAAGCAGUGACAAAUGACAGAUCAGCACCACUUAUAGAUAAUAAACCUUCCACAAAUGUGCAAAGUAGUGGUGGUAGUCAGCGAAGCCGUUCUAGUUCAGCAGGAAAUAACAAUCCAACACCUCCGCAAAUUGGAAUUGGCGGCUUAUUUCCACACGGUAUUCCAAAGUUAAAGAGUCGAAAUGUACAAGAUUCAGAUAGUUUAGCAACACCACCACCUUUACCUGGAGGACGUCCAAGGGCAUCUAGUGGAGGUAAUAACCGCCCGUCAACAGUUGUUCCUUCACCUCCCAGUGGUAAUAUACCAAAUUUACCAAGCAGAAAUAAAAGUCAUGGAAAAAUUUUCUCAAAUAAUUUAACAUCACCUGCAUCGAAUCCACCACCAUUACCUUCCCGUACAACUAAGACUCAAGCACCUCCAGUACCACCAUCAACAACACUAAUAGAUAAGCAAAGACCUAAUUCAUCUCCAACAAAUGGAACAAAUGCACGUAGGGCUCUUAGUCCAUCAAAAUCAAAAGUAUUUACAGCUCCAGAACCUUCAACGACCGAAGGACGCUGGUCGUUUCAUACAUCGAGUGAUUUCCCACCACCCGGAAAGGUCACUCAUUCCACUAAAAUAUAUCCUUCAGGAGCAAAAACGGGAAGUUCAAUCCCGUUUGAUUUAUCUGCAUUGACAUCUAAAGGUUCACCACAACGUGCGCCUCCUCCACCUCCUCCUAUCAUUGGAGGGAAAAUAGGGAAAAGAUAA